UGCUGCAAUUCAGCUAUAUAAAGGCAUUAAGUUGAAUGCUUAAUUGGUGUAAAUGGCACAUUUCUGCUAUUAGUGUUGGACUGCAGACAGCCUCAGUUUCAAACUAAUGAACAAAAAUUCUGGUCAUUUCAGAAGGGAGAGAAAGAUUCAAAUCUAUAAAGGCACUUCCCAAGAUACUUUUGCUUAUGUAAACAUCUGACUGCAGGGAAGAAGAAGGGUUCUAUGUACUGUUGGAACAAAAUUUCAGUUACUGAAGCAGUUACUGUGUGUUUCCAGCUGAGACCCACAACAUGUGGAAGGGAGAUGAUGGGGUUUGUGCCCUUGCUCUGUGCUGUGCCUUCUCAGCCAGAGAAGCUAAGCUGCAAAUGUGAUGUGGGUCAGUUUAGGGGCAAGCAUUUCACACAGCUGCUAAGGAUGGCCUUCUGGCAAAUUAUUCAGCAUGGUGAUUGGAUAUUUCCUCUGGAAAUAAAGAAAAAGGAAGUCAUGGCACAGAGGCUGAGAACUCCUGGCAGGUUUGGUGUGACACCCAACAGCUGAAGUGAGCUGAUGCCAUGGGACUGUUGGUUAGAGAUAAGAGCUGAGCAACAACUCCUGAAGAAUGUGCAAGAGGACAGCAGAGAGUGGCUACCACUGCAGCUCUCCUUCCAUCAGCAGUUAGGCUGGAAGAAGGAGGAAAUGCAGCAUUGUCCAUAAAGCAUCUUGUCAAGAGAUUCCAUCUUGCUCCAUGCUGAGGACUGCUGGCAGCUCCAAUGUUUGGGGGCCCUUGUUUUCCAGCCACACCCCUGGAUGUGGACACACCCUUUGGUUGAGAUCUGGCUGCUGUGCUCCAUCCCCCUUCCCUCCUGUUGUUGGUGGAGCCAAGGUUCUUGGUGCUGUAGGACUCAGGAGGCUGUGCUUCUCCUCAGGACCAGCUGUGAGCCCUCAUUCCUCCAUGGGGGCAUGCAGCCACCUCCAGCCCUGCCUGCUUCCUCCUCUGUGUGAACCACCUUCAGGGCUCAUCUGAAAUCUCCUGUAUCUCUCAGCUGCUCAACAUUUCAUUUCUGAUGUGUUUCUGAUGUCCUUUUGUUUAGACAAAUGACAAAUCCCUGAAAGCCAUAACCUACAGCCCCAUCUCUCUGAAUAAGAUGCAGCCAGCUGUCUUUGGCUGCCUGGCAGGAUUCCAACAUUAACCCUCGCUGAGCAUGCAUUCAUCCUGCAGCUGAGCUGCCCCACCCUCACAUCUCAAAUUCCCAAGUGAAGGCCAAUGCCAUUUAGAAGGAUUUCCCAGCAGCCUGAGCAGCAGUAGCAGUCUGGGUGCCAGGCAGUCUCGGGAAGAGCCCUGGGCAAAUCCACAGGGUUCAUUGCACUUGGGGCCCAGAUGGCUCGUUUAGAAGUGUUAAAGGAUUUUUCCUUGUCGACAAAGAUAUAAGAAGAGGCUUCAUUCCACAUGCAGUUUUUGUAAGAUGUUCCUCAGAAGAGUACCCGGGAGGUCACAGUAAGUGAAGAAUACAGAGCAUUUCUGCGGAAGCUGAUGUGCCUCGCCAGAAAGUUACCAGAUAACUGGACAGACAACCUGACAGAAAAUGAGACGUUUAACCACGACAUCCAUCAGCUUUUGAACACAGCUGACCCAGUCUGGUACAUCAACCCAAAAGAAAGAUGGAAUUUCUUUGGGUCUCUCUUUUUUUGCUGCACAGUAUUCACAACUGUGGGUUAUGGCAAUACCUAUCCUGUGACAUGGACUGGAAAGUAUCUCUGUAUGUUGUAUGCUUUAUUUGGGAUCCCCCUGAUGUUCUUGGUCCUGACAGACAUGGGAGACAUCCUUGCAACUGUCUUAUCCAAGUCCUACAACGAGUUCAGGAAACUGCAGUCAAAAAUUCUUGCCUCUAAACUCUGUUCUGGAUCCACAUGUAUCAAAAGGAAUGAACUGAGAUCCAGGGAACAGUCUAAAAUAGUCAUCAACGAGCCCCUGACCAUUAUGGAAGUACUGAGAAGUCAGUCAGGUGUGAAACAGGUCAAAUAUCGCAACGUGGAACUUUUUGAAAUGUUAAUUGCCAGGGAGAAUGAAAACACACAACCAGCAAGAAAUAAAAGCAUGGAGAGAUGGAGUUCAUGUCCUGAACUAGCCAGGGAAAAGACGGUGUCCAGAGUAAUCAAGAAUUUUGACAAAAUAGGAAAAGAGUUAGAAAAAUUAGAUGUGCCCAUUGUGUUGAUGGUGCUCGUUAUCUUUGUGUACAUCUCCUGUGCUGCUGCUAUUCUUCCAAAAUGGGAAAAAAAAAUGAAUUUUCAGGAAGCCUUUUAUUUCUGCUUUAUCACUUUGACCACUAUUGGAUUUGGAGAUACAAAGUUAGAACAUCCCAAGUUUUUCUUGUUUUUUUCCCUCUACAUUAUAAUUGGCAUGGAAAUUGUCUUCAUUGCUUUUAAGCUGGGCCAAGACCGCUUGAUUGUCCUGUAUAAAAAGAUGAUUUCAUUUUGUGCAGAGAAAAAUAUGCCAUCAAAGAAAGUAUAUCCAAAAUAAGAGCAGUCAUUUCUCCUUCACUUGUCAGCACUGGCCACUGCAAAGAGAUGGAAUUGUUUCUGUACAUUUCUGCCUUGGGCUGGCAGGUGCCAUAUUUUAAUCUGAUUUCCUCUGAGAAAUGACUGUGAAAUGGCUGAACACUUCUGGAGGCACCUGGUGAAGGCAUCUCCAGGGAAGACUUUGCAAAGGGGUCUCUUCUCCUAAAUAAUCACAAUGCUGCCUGAUGAAGAAGGUGAAGGCUCUCCUUGACAGUUCUCCCUGACAUAUUGUGCAAAGCUCUGACUUUCUGCAGCCUUUCUGUCCCUUCUCCCACUGCAAGAAAAUUCAGGAAUUUUGUUUUCAGUACUUGUCCAAGCAAGACCCAGAUCUCCUGGAAGGUCCUGUCCUGCCACCUUCUCUGCAGCCGGGCUGUGUGUGUCUGUCCUGAGCUGUGACACUCUGCUCGUCAUCAGAGAGAGCUGGGGGGAGAGGUGUGGACCCAGCUGCUGUGUGUGGCAAACAUCACACCUGGCACAGCUCAGGGAAGUGUUCCAUGGAAAGGAAGGACACCACAUUUCCCCAUCUCUGCCACCUGUUCAGAAACCAGUCAGAGAAUUGCUCAUCUGUUCAGAGCUGGAAGCACUCCUGCUCCAUCACGGCUCAGGGUGUCUGUGCUCAGCCCGGAGUCAAUGUGUGUCCCACAGGGCCCAGCUCCCGAGGUGCUCAGGGCAGCUUCUGCUGCCUGGUGGUGUCUGGGGAAGGCACACAGCAGCCCUGGAGUGACGCUCCGUGUCACUGCUGUCACAGGAGCCUGUGCUGAACACCGACCCCAGAGAGCCCCACUCCUCACCCCCAUUUCACUCUGCACAGACUGCUCCACCAUUUCACUCUGCUCCCAGCUCCACCUCUGGGAGCUCCCUGACCCACCUGUCUCACUGGGAUGUGGGCAGGAUCCUCUAAUUGUAGAAUUUUGGAGCACAUUAAGAUGAGAAUAUCAUUGUUUCUUCAAGAUGUUGCUUAUAUUAUUAAUAGUUUGAAUUGUCAAUAAUAGCUUCUCAUUAAAACCAAUAAUUUAGAAUAAAAUAUAUAAUUCAUAUAAAAGAAAUCACUAACUUUAAUUAACCACGUUUAAUUUAUGAUGAUAUGUAUGCCCAUUAAGUGUAAACAUCUCUAGAUAAUAAAAAAUGCUCGAUUAUUUACAGAAUGUACAGAAUAUUCUCCAUUAGCAAAUUUACCAGUUGGAGCUGAGAUUUUCAGAAUAUGUACAUGCCAUCUUCUGUCUGUUGCACUCCAUGUAUGUGGCAAUAUGUAUUCAAUCCUUAUUAAUAAUUAGAUGCAAUUAAUCAUUGAUGAUAAGCAAGGUAUAUAAUGACUGAUAGUAAAUAGAGAAGUGUUUUAUAAGAAUAAAAAUAAAAAAUGCAGA